AUGAAUCAAAAUAUUAUAUUUGCUACUAUCUUGAUUGCAUUUUCUGCAUUCUUUAUCUACUUUAUGAAUGCUUCUCCAAUUGAACUGUUACCUCGUGCACCAAGCAACAUCGCAUACUGUGAUUUCACGAAAGACGUUAUUGGUCAAAUCACUUUUACUGAACUUUGGAACGGAUGCGUUAGAAUAACCACACAAUUUAAUGCAGGAUUCCCUGAUCGCACUAGCAAAUAUAAAUAUCAAAUUUUUGGUAAAGAAAGGGGAGAAAGGAAAGACUAUAGAUUAUUGUUUGGUACAAUGGAAAUUGCUACAAGCGUAAGAAUUAUAAAUUAG